CCCAACCUCGGUGUCCCCGAGCACUUAGACAGCACUCGUCCUCUUAGCGAUGGCCUCGGGACCAGCCAUAUACCGUCAUCAGAACACCCUCUUGCUGUCCCGCCGAGCCGUCCCUGAGCUUCGACAGGACAGGGCCUGGCGACGGCCUCAGAGGAGUCCCAACUGAGACCGACUCCAGCGCUGCAAUAACACCCACCGCACCCCAUCCUCUUCCAUCUUAUUCGCCCAUCAUGUCCAGCCAGGACGCGGGGGAACAAGAUGCGGAUGACUUCCCCAACCGGGGCCCCGUCGUGUUCGCCGUGACGACGGCCACGUUGGCCCUAGCGACCCUGUUCGUGGCUGCUCGCAUCGUGUCCCGUGCUGGCAUCGUCCGCCGGACCGCAUGGGACGACUACACGAUCGUGCUGGCCUGGCUGCUCGCCGUGUUCCUGAGCAUGAGCAUCGACCUCGGCACCAAGAACGGCCUGGGGAGGCAUGAUAACGAUAUCGAGCCGGAAAAGCUGCCCGUGCUGAGGACGUGUGAAUAUGUCUUCUCCAUCCUCUACAACCCGGCCUUGAUGGCGACCAAGACGUCCAUCCUCAUAUUCUACUUGCGUCUGUCCAAGAACACGCUGAGGGUCCUCCGCCUGGCGUCGUGGGCGGUAUUGGGUAUCGUCAACGUCGCCGGGGUUAUCCUGACCUUUAUGAACAUCUUCCAGUGCCAGCCGACCCACGCGGCCUGGGACAUCCGGGUCCAGGCAGCCCGCUGCAUUCCGCUGCUCACCGAGUUCAUCUGCUCGGCCCCGGUCAACAUCACCACCGACCUCGCCAUCCUGGCCCUGCCGAUCCCCGUGCUCACCGGCAUGCGGCUGCCCCCGCGCCAGAAGACCAUCUUGGUCAUGACCUUCGCGCUGGGCAUCUUCGUGACCAUCGUUGACGUCGUCCGCAUCUACUACCUCCAGCGGGCCAUCGACCACGUCCCGACCACGUCCUCGUCCGACCCCAUGGCCACCUUCGGCCGGAGCGCCGGCUUCUCGUGGAACGCCUCCUUCUCGCUGAUGUGGUCGGCCGUCGAGGUUAACGUGGGCAUCAUCUGCGCCUGCAUCCCGACCCUCAAGCCGCUCAUCAUCCGCAUCCUGCCGGCCAUGCUCGUCGACCCGGACGGCACCCUGCGCAGCAGCACCCGCACCGCCACCGGCAGCAGCAGCAACAGCACCACCAAGGACGACCACCAGCAGCGCGGCAGCACCUCGAUCGGCGCCAUGCUCGCCACCACGGGCCUCACCCCCCCAGCACCGACCCUCUCCCUAACCCCGCCCGCCGACGCCGACGCCGCUCCCACCCCGGCCUCCGCCUCCGACGACAUCUCCAUCCGCGACUUCCUCUCCACCACCUCCCCCUCCAACCCAACCACCACCAACCCCCAACACCCCCACCGACCUUCCCCCACAACAACAACAACCACCGCCACAACCUCCCGCCUCAGCACCAGCACCUCCCACCCCCGCCACAGCACCACCACCACCAACAACCACGAACCAACCUUCAUCACCCUCCCGCGCGCCAAAAACCUCCUCACCGCCACCCCCUCCGAAUCGUUACGGUACGGCACCCUCGCCAGCAUCCUCUUCUUCCUGUGGGGCUUUUCGUAUGGCCUGCUCAACACCCUCAACGGCGCGGUGGCGGCAGUAGCCAACAUCUCGCGUGCCCAGGCCCUGAGCCUGACGGCGAUGUAUUUCGGGGGCGGGUAUUUGCUGGGGCCGUUGCUGGUGGGCGGGUGGUUGUUGAGGCAUGAUGAGCAUCAUCGGACGAGGCCGGAUACUCCGUUUGAUGGUGGGGAUGGAGGGGGUGUUAGGGGUGGGAAUGGGGGUGGUGGUGGUGGUGGUGGUGAUAGGGGGGUUGGGGGUGGUGGGGACAGGGAGAGGAGGAGGAGGAGGGCCAAGGGGGUGAGGGUCAAGAGGAGGCGGGGGAAGCAGGCGGGGGAUGAGUCCGUGGGCGGGUUCAAGGCGACGUUUAUGGUUGGGUUGCUGGUGUACGGGGUGGGGACCAUCAUGUUCUGGCCCGGGGCGGUGGUGGGCGCGUACGGCGGGUUCAUGGCGAGCACCUUUGUGGUUGGGUUUGGGCUGGCCGUGCUGGAGACGGCGGCUAACCCCUUUCUCGUGCUGUGCGGCACGCCCGAGUACGCCGACGCCCGUCUGUUGCUCGCCCAGGGCGUCCAGGCCAUCGGCAGCGUGCUGAGCGGCCUGCUCGCCGACCGCGUCUUCUUCGUCGCCCGCCUCGAGGACGGCCGCGGCCGCGUCGACUCCACCACACUCAUCGACGUCCAGUGGACCUACCUUUCCGUCACCCUCCUCUCCGUCCUGCUCGCCCUCCUCUUCUACUACAUGCCGCUCCCCGAGGUCAGCGACGCCGAGCUAGCCGAGCUCGCCUCCCGCUCCCCCGUCGACCCCAAACAGAAAUCCAUCGGCGGCGUAUCCCUCCGAACCUGGACCGUCGGCCUCGCGGUCCUCGCCCAGUGGUGCUACGUCGCCGCGCAAGAAAACAUGUCCCUCUUCGUCGAGCAGCUCAUCACCUCCUUCACGCCCGACCCCGGCGCGGCGCUCGCCACCACCCAAAGCGGCCUCCGCCCGGCCUCCCUCACCCUCUCCAUCCCCAACUACCUCCUCAUCGCGCACACGGCCUUUGCCCUCUCCCGCUUCCUCGCCGGCGGCAUCUGCAUCCUCUCCGCCCGCCACCACAACCACCACCACAACCAACCCCCCAGCACCACCAUCAAACUAACCCGCAACCUCCCCACCGCCCGCACCCUCCUCCUCCUCUGCACAACCUUCUCCGCCCUCUUCGCCCUCGUCACCGUCCUCCUCCCCACCACCACCACCACCAACCCCAACAGCACAACUGGAACCAACCCCAACACCGCCACCAUCCCCAUCCUCCUCUUCUACUUCACCGAAGGCCCCAUCUGGCCUUUAAUCUUCUCCCUCGGCCUGCGCGGCCAAGGAGUCCGCACCAAACAGGCCUCCGCCUGGCUGACCAUGGGCGGGUGUGGCCCCGGGGUGUGGCCGUUUGUGGCGUAUGGGAUUAUCAAAGAGGGGGGGAGUGUGCAGGUGGCGAUGGUGGUGGUUGUGGCGCUGAUGGCGGUGGCGGGGGUUUUCCCGGGGUUCCUUGGGGUGGUGAGGGCGGGGAGGGUGUUGGCGGAUGUGCCGCCGGUGCCGAGGGAGGGGCCCGGUGGUGGUAGUGGUGGUGGUGGGAGUGGGAGUGGGAGUGGGAGUAUGGGGAGGAGGGUGGAGGGGGCAGGGGGGGAUGUGGAGGGGGGUGGUGAGCUCCGGGGUGAGGAGGGUGGUAGUGGGCAGGGUGGUGGUGGGGGUGUGUUGUUUGGGGAGCGGUUGGGGGAGGGUUGGGUGGGCUCGAGGGGAUCGUUGUCUCCUCCUGAUGCUGGGUCUGGUCACCGGUUGAGUGGCCAUGACCAACAGCAACGGCAGCAGCAGCAGAACCAGCAGGCGCCUUGGGAGAAUCAGGUUUUGGAUACAAGGAUAUUGGAUGAUUAAAGGAUGAUUGAUGGUUAUGACUAUGAUGAUGCAUGGCGUGGUAAGAAGCGUUGAUUUGGUACUGGGGUCGGUUUGUUUGCGAUAAAGAUACCCCAGGAACUGGUUGCGAUUUAGAGCGUACCUUAUUUGAAAGUUGUGUGUCGAGUACGAAUAAUGAUUCACUGGUCAACGUGAGGAUACAAGAACCUUGACCGGAAAAAGGCACGGCUAGAUCAAUAUCUUGAGUUAGAUGCUAUCAAAAUA